GGUGUAUCCAAGAUGGCUGCGCGCAUGAAACAGUGUGCUGGGAGUCCUCGCGGAGAUCGAUCCCGGGUCACCAGAUGACAUCUGAGGAUUGUUUCACUUGGGAGGUGUCGAGACAGCAUCUCUCGAAACCGAGGCUGAAGAAGCUGGAACUUCUCCGGAUCCGCGUUAUUGAUAUCCCGACUGUGAUACUCACCACCAUCUCCAGAUCAAGAGAAGAGGAACUUCCAAAAUAAUGGGUGUUUUAAAGUCCGAAUUUCGUGAUUCACCAAAAGCAGCAAGGGCCCGGGUCUCUGCUUUUCCACACCUGCUUUGCUUUCUGGAGCCGGACCACCAUUGCUUAGAACUGGACCGCAAGUGCGGUCAAGUGCAUUGCGAGUGGAAGUCCCUGCAUGUUAUUUGGUAUCCCUCUGCAAAUUAUUGUGAAGAUGGAGUCUGGUCCAGAGGUCCUUGCCAGCAGGGCUCUCGAAGUCUCUGUCCCUAUACUUCUGACUUGGAACUGAGCCUUUUCAUGGGCAGGGGAAGACCUGGUGGACGCUCAAGACCAAGAAUGCCAAAGAUUCCUGAGCCUUAAAUAAAGGUUUCUAGGCUCUCUCGAGGCGUGUAGCCGCUGCUGCAGAUUCCAAGCUGACGAUGCCGCUGAUGAGUCACCUGAGAGUGAUUCUGCACACAUCUCCGUGUACAUUGCUGUGGAGAAGGUUCCAGGUUCCGAGGUCUACGCCACGGAGGUCCUGCAGUCUCUAUACCUGCACUUACAGAACCCGGAACCGAGCCUUACCUCCACUCUGGGAGAACUUGGACCUUGUUCCUGCGGGUGAUCGACAGUCACCCAUCAACAUCCGAUGGAGGGACAGUGUUUAUGACCCUGGCUUAAAACCACUCACUAUCUCUUAUGACCCCAGCACCUGCCUCCACAUCUGGAAUAAUGGGUACUCUUUCCUUGUGGAAUUUGAAGAUUCUACAGAUAAAUCAGUGAUUGAGGGAGGACCCCUGGAACACAACUACCGAUUGAAGCAAUUUCAUUUUCACUGGGGGGCCAUUGAUGCUUGGGGUUCCGAGCACACUGUGGACAACAAAUGCUACCCAGCAGAGCUGCACUUGGUACAUUGGAAUGCAGUCAAAUUUGAAACCUUUGAGGAUGCAGCCCUGGAAGAAAAUGGCUUGGCUGUGAUAGGUGUAUUUUUAAAGCUAGGCAAACAUCAUAAAGAACUACAGAAAUUGGUGGACACUCUGCCAUCAAUUAAGCACAAGGACACCCUGGCAGAAUUCGGAUCAUUUGACCCUUCUUGUCUGAUGCCUGCUUGCCCAGAUUACUGGACCUACUCUGGGUCUCUCACUACACCGCCCCUCUCCGAGUCUGUUACCUGGAUCAUUAAGAAGCAGCCAGUAGAGGUUGAUCAUGAUCAGCUUGAGCAGUUUCGAACCCUGCUUGUCACUUCUGAAGGGGAGAAAGAGAAAAGAAUGGUGGACAACUUCCGCCCGCUGCAGCCACUGAUGAACCGUACUGUCCGCUCGUCCUUCCGCCAUGAUUAUGUGCUCAAUAUGCAAGUGAAGCCCAAGCCAGCAGCCAACCAAGUCACCCCCUAAGAUGUUCAUAUUUUAGGCAGCAUCUUGCUUUAAUGUAUAUUCACUUAAAAUCUUAACUAGAUUAUUUUAAAAUUCUGCAUUUAAUAAUACUUAUAUGUAUACAUUUAUAUUUCUUACCUUCCAUUUUUGUAACAACAUUUCAAAGUUUCUACCCUUGUAAAGCAAAGACUUGGAGACAAAACAAUAAAAAAAAAGCCCAUAACCGAAUAACAUCAGGUUACCUUAGGUUACCUUUCCUUGGGACAGGAUUAAGGCAGAGGAAUCUUCUUUACAUCAAUUCAAGUGGCCAGUUAGGGAUUUUGAUGUUAAAUUUCUCUAAUCUCUCUUUCUCAGAAAGUCAGAGAAAGUUUAGUUUCUGCUUGGUAAAAUGGAAGUUUAAUGUAAAUAACCCAUCUUGAUUUUUCUGUUUGGGCCUUAAUACAGGAGCUUAACAAACCCACA